CGCGCGGCCGCGCGUGUCAGAGUGGCUGCGCCUCGCUCGCGCCCGCCGCUGCCGCCGCCGCCGCCGCCGCCAUGGACAGCGACGAGGAGACGCUGGAGGAGGUCGUGGAAGGGCAUCUAGAUGAUGAUGGGCUGCCACAUGGAUUUUGUACAGUAACCUACUCAUCAACAGACAGAUUUGAAGGAAACUUUGUGCAUGGAGAAAAGAAUGGCCGUGGCAAAUUCUUCUUUUUUGAUGGAAGCACCCUGGAAGGGUACUACGUUGAUGACGCCCUGCAAGGCCAGGGAAUCUACACUUAUGAGGAUGGAGUGGUCCUUCAUGGCACAUAUGUGGAUGGAGAGCUGAAUGGACCAGCCCAGGAGUAUGACAGCGACGGGCGGCUGAUAUUCAAAGGGCAGUAUAAGGACAACAUCCGACAUGGAGUCUGUUGGAUUUAUUACCCGGAUGGAGGCAGCCUUGUGGGAGAAGUGAAUGAAGAAGGGGAGAUGACUGGAGAAAAAAUAGCCUAUGUGUAUCCAGAUGGAAAGACUGCAUAUUCUGGAAGGUUCAUAGAUGGAGAAAUGAUAGAAGCAAAACUGGCAACUCUGACAGCUGUCGAGGAUGGGAAACCUCAAUUUGAAGUUGUACCAGGCAGCCCAGUAUACAGUUUUGACAAAUCUACUUCAUCCUGCAUUUCUACAAAUGCCCUUCUUCCUGAUCCGUACGAAUCAGAGAGGGUGUAUGUGGAUGUCUCUCUCAUUUCCAGUGCUGGAGAAGGAUUGUUUUCAAAAGUAGCAGCAGAAGCCAGUACAGUGAUGUCCUUUUACAACGGAGUGCGAAUUACACACCAGGAGGUAGACAGCAGAGACUGGGCCCUCAAUGGAAAUACAAUAUCCCUGGAUGAUGAAACAGUCAUAGACGUGCCAGAGCCCUACAACCACGCUGCCAAGUACUGUGCCUCGCUGGGGCAUAAGGCCAACCAUUCUUUCACUCCUAACUGCAUCUACGACCCGUUUGUUCAUCCUCGUUUUGGGCCCAUCAAGUGUAUCCGUACCAUCAGGGCUGUGGAGAAGGAUGAAGAACUGACAGUGGCUUACGGAUACGAUCACAACCCCGUUGGGCAGAACGGGCCAGAAGCACCGGAGUGGUACCAGCUGGAACUGAAAGCUUUCCAGGCUGCCCAGCAAAAGUGAAACGGGAGCGCCUUCUCCGUUCAGCAAACUGAAACAGAAACUUGGAUCUAUGCACUACCUUUAUACUGAAAACUGGACAACCAGGGAUUGUUCAUACUGUUGCAUCAUAAAUUUGCAUUCUGUGUUAAGAGAUAAGUUUCUUGCAUACUAACUAGGUUUGACUGUGUUACUCAUAGAAGAUUUAAAAUUAGCUAGCGUUGCACCAGUCUUAUCUGGAGAAAUUAUUUAAUAUUCUAUACGAGAUGUGGUAUUCUUUGGUAGCUUCUGCUUUUGCACCAUAUGCAAAGAUGCCAAAAGACUAGACAGAAACUAAAAUGGGUAUAUUGUUCACUUUUAGUCGGCAGACUUAGUGUUGCUCUCUAUCUGCCUAGGCAUUAUUGUGCAACUGCAUUUUGCAUAUAUGCCACUUGUGAUGAUAACAGUAAUAUUUUGAUAUUCUCUAAUAGUAGCAUAAUUUUGCCUUUUUAAACCUUUGAUCUGAAUCUUGCAAUAGAGCAGUUUAUUUAUUAGCAUAUAGGAGGCUGGGUUUUAACUCCCCUUUCCUCUUGUCUGAACGUUGUUCUUUCUACAAAUCCUCUUUUGCAGGAGAAAAUCCUUUCUAACUAGUGGAAAGGCUUGUGUGUGUAUGUGAGAGUGCUGUGUGUUGGUCUUUGUGGCUCUCUAAAUAGUAUAGCAACAUGUCCAAACAUAAUAUUUAUCUAGCCUUUACGGCUGGCUUAUUUUAUUUAAUUUAUUAUUAUGACAUGCAAAUGAAACUGUUCUUUGCAUGAAGAUUUUCUGAAAGGAGAGAACAGAUUCGCUCGUUGAAGGACUUUCAGAAGUUCAUGUUCUGGAAGGCAAGGCGUUGCUUGCAUUUGUGUCUGUGAGUUGGGUUGUGUAUUUCACCUGUUAAAGCAGCCAGUUCUCAAGGCAAGAGUUCUGGCAAUGAGGUGCUUGCAUCUCCCAUAAAUUCUGAGAAAGGAGGUGUAUGUAUUUGGGGGCAGGCUGUAGUACUUGGUAAAGGAGAGCUGUAUCUUUUGUGUGUGUUCAGUCGACAAAGAAUAUAGCCUUGUAGCCAUCUUUUAGUAGUACUGGCUUAAGACACGGUGAAAAAUUAAUAUAGUAUGAGGUAUCAAAAUGAGAUUUUUUUUUUUUUUAAAAAGAAAAGAUAUGAAAAGAUUGUUUUCGAAAGACAAACAAUGAAUGUAAAAACAUCACUCACUGCUCAUAUUUAGAAACAGCAGUCAAUCCAUAGCUUUGUUGUAGCCAACAGUGGGGGGUUGUGAAUAUUCAUCUGUAGGGCUGUGUUCUGGGGUUUUUCAGGGGUAGGGAAAUUGUGCAUUUUUCAGAUACUGUACUGGUCUUGCCUAAUGCUGUAUAAGAGAGAAAUAAUGUAUCAUCUCGGUCUGGAUACUGGAGCCUUUCUGGGACUCUUGAUGCUCUCUUUUGGGUUUAGCAGCUUAGGGAAAAACUCAAAUGCAUUUGCAACACUUUCUUUAAAUGUUUGUAGUUUAAAGAAGUUUGUAUAUAUGUAACAUAAAUGAUUUGGGAAUCAGACCUACCUUUCUAUUGCAACACAUUUUGGUUGGUUGCUUGAACGGUCAGAGGUGUCUGGCUGUCUGGGGAGGUGGGCAGGGAGGAUGUGUUGGGGACCUGCAAGUGGAAGGAUGAGGUUGCUGGUUUGUGCAGUCUUGAGAAUCCUUGCUUGAGAAUCCUGACUUGCUGAGCAAAGUUGGGAAUUACUCAUAAGAACCUCUCUAACCUGGGGCUCUGUUUAUUCCCUGUGACUGAUCACAAACCUUUCCCAGCACCUCACCAUUUAGGCUUGCACAGAAGCUACUCUGUGCUUGUGCUGGGGCAGGGGACAGGUAGGCUCAGGGUGAUUUGAGGCUUUCAGUGGUGCUCUGAAUGUGAGCUGUGGCACCUCCUGUCUCCUCGUGCUGGAGACUCAGCUCUGCACCCCAUCCAAGGCAGGGGGCUGGCAGGGACUGAGCUGAGUGUGCAGAGACAGGAACUGCACCUCACAGGUGAGGGAGAGUUCUCAAAAGUCAACCAGGAGCACAGUCUCAGCAAAUAAUCCUCAAAAAGAAAUAUGCAUGACUUGAUCUUUCCCUGCCUGCUCACAGGUUGUUACUUAAAUCAUCAGCCAACUGCAGAAGAGCAUUCCACACUGGUAGGGAGCUGUCAUGUGCAUCUAGUGGAUUAUUCUGCCAGGACCAUGAAGUUUGCAAAAUUGAGGCUGAGUUUAAGUGCAGGGAAGGGGGAGAGGGAAGAUAUGUGACUGAACCCUGCUGGGAAUGGAUGGUAACUCCUUCCACAGUCUUGAUAACCUGCUUUGGACUGCUGGCCUCUCUGUGCUCACUGGAGAAUUGUGCUUAAUAUGUUCUGAUCUCUAGAGCUCCUUUAGCUUCAUUCCUGAUCAGUCUCUGAUUCCUCUGCUAUCUCCUCUUUGUGUGGAGUUGCUUAUGUUUUGAUAGAUUUGUCGGUCUUCAUAUUGCCUGAUUUUUGAGAUAAAUAGAAAAUAGGUGCUCUUUACGUGUCAGGCUUGAAGAUUGUAUCCUAAAAUAGGGAAAUACAAGGAAAAAAAAAAAAGGCACUGAGGUAUCCUGUGUGUUCUCCAAAAAUUUGGUGACAGUCAGGCAGAUUCUUUUGCACACUGGUGUAGCCUGGUAGCAUGCCACAGCUGUGGCUCUUGUCUCUGUUAGCUCUGCUGUCCUUCUCUCUGCUCUGUAAAAUCUGUUGGUCCUUCUAUAGCUCCCUUCUUCGGUGACCAACCUUCUAUAAAAGUUGUGAUUAUGAAGCUGCUUUGGCUUGAUUCAGGACCAAGCCUUUUAAUUCUUCCUUGUUUUCUUUCUCUUUCUGGUCUGUUAGAGUGGAGCUGGCUGGGAUGGUUUUUACCACUGGGUAGCAAAAGGGCUCAGUGUGUCCUUCAGAGGUGUGCAUUGGCAGCCACUGGUUCAAACACAGGUUAGUUACAGAACUCCAAAUAAUGCCUUAACUUGGUCAGUGUAUUGCAGCUCAGCUUCUGGGGCUCACUAGAUAGCAAGACCAGCUUUGCAAAACUAUUUAUCAAGUAGUAUGAUGACAUAUCUGUAGACACGAGACCCACACCAAACCACGGUUUUAAUUUGGGGCAGAGGAAGAAGUCAUUUUGCAAAAAAAUCCGUUUGGGUCUGUGGGAUGCAGCUGACUGUCGGUGAAUAUGCAAUAAAUAAAGAAGCUCCACUUCUCAAGAGUCUGGCCAAGGACCUGUCCUGUCGGCUCAGAAACUGGAAGGAGAGCUGAUGCCUGUCAGCUGAGCCUGGGUGAGCAGCUGGCUCUCAGAAUACUCGUUGUGAUUAGGAUAGGAGAACUUGGAAUUGCUCUUUCCAGGGAGGGAUCAGUUCCCGGUGUCUGCCUUUAGUCUGCAGUGCUGCACAUGGCUACUCUGUGAUGGGAGGGUUGUUACCUGAGUUCCUUAUGAGAAGGAGCCUGUAUCAACCUGUAUUAGGGGCUGCUGAUGGUCUCUUCAAAAAAAAAUAAAUCUGAAGUGGAUCUUUCUGCCAUGGCAGCACAGUGUUCUGUCACCAAGAAUACAGAAGCCCAGUUUUCUGGAGAAGUGAUUAAUCUUGGAGACAAGAGAGCAUGAGAAGUUAGAGCUGAGAGCUACCUGCUGCUGGGUCACUCCUCUGGAUAAGAAGGAAAAGGGCUUAAGCCGUGGAGGGGGUGUCUCAAGUUGAGUUUCAAGCUAUAAUUUUACUUUUGGGGAUCUAUUAAAAUACCUGGUUUUCCUUCACAAAUCUAAAAAGGCUUUUUUUUCCUUUUUUGGUUUUGGUUUUAUUUUUUGUAGUAAUUAUAAAAACCUACCCUUCAUAAAGACCUGCAAGUCUUAACUGUUGAAAAAGUCAAAGGAAAUAUGUGGAUGAUGCUCUUCAGCGGUUGGAGUGAGAGCUGUGAGAGCUUUCUGACUUUUUCCACAGUUGCAACGGUGCCCACUAGGAUGGCCCAUGCUUGUAAUCACUCCUGGGCAACUCCCUGUGCAGGUUUUGGGACCUUUUGGAGGUCAGCUGCUCAGCCAUGCGGGGCUGCAUGUUUUGGGAGUGACUGGGCAGCCUUCUCCUCAGCGCAGUCCUUCCAGAUGCAGAGCUUGCAGCGUUGCACACAGUUGGCAGUGGCUGGGGUUUCUUUCCUGGGGUUGUAACCUGUUGCUGGUGUGUAAGCAAGAGCUCCAUCAGGGAUUUUGCACCCUCUGCCAGGCACUGGAGGAGCAGAAUAGCCAACAUAACCUGUCUGGCGAGAGAAACCAAGAAAUGGUGGAAAUUACCACUUUUCUGUUUCCUUCCCAGCUGGCUGCCCUUAUCCUUCGGUCAAAACCAGUGCUCACCGCUUGGGUUGCACCAGGGACUGUACAGUGUCACUUCUGUCCCAGAGACCUCUGUGAUUUUUGUCCUUUCGCUCAAUUUGAUAGUCUUCUAGGAAAAUGCUGCCGUUGCGAUGAGGUAACGUGUCGUACAGAGCCGGCCGCCUGCGGCUUUGUUUUCCUGUGGCACAGCAGAAUCGCUGGAGCCGCGGGUGCCUGAGGAAUUCACCUCCAUGCACUUAAGAAAAACCAAAUUGUUUUGAAAACAAUGUUACUGAAGUGUCUCCUUACAUGCUGGGGUGCUGCAUUAGACGCCUCUUCCUCACUUUGCGCUGCGCUGUCGUGUGCUGAGAGCAUCGGGGCGAGGAGAGCAGGCGUGGGGGCAGCUUUGCCCGCGGGUGUCGGUGGGCUCCGCGCUCACCCGUGCCCUGGGGUGAACUUGUUCCUUUUGCUUUGUGUACUGGAAACAUGAGAACUCUAUUUUUUGGACAAUGAAUUUCUAAGCAGUCUUAUAAGGGAUUUUUAAAUAAAAAAAAUAAAAUAAAAUAAAACAAAAAGGUGCAAGAAUGAGUGCAUGUUUACUUGCCCCAGAUCAAAGGUUUUGAACACUAAGGUCACUAUCUGUUGAAUGGACCCUCCUCGUGGCGCUCUUCUGUCUUCGGGCAAUGGAAGCUCCUGCUCUUUUCCUCUUACCAGUUUUACUGUAACUAUAUUUUUUCCCCCUAGGAGAAAUAUAUAUACAAAAAUUGUAAGCAAUUAAACGCUCAAGCCAUAAAAUCACGAGUGCGGGAAGACCCUCUUCACAAGUUUUAACGUUUGUAUGUAAAAUGAUGUUUGUAUGAAAUAUUUUCAUGGUAGAAUGAAUAUUUAAACAAAAAAGUUCCAGUAAGAUCUAAACCAAAUUUAAAAGGAUGUCUUUUUGUAAGACACACGUGUAAUUGAAUACCAGUAAGUAGAUAACUAUUUUUUUAAGGGGAGAUGCAACAAAUGAUCCUUAGAAUUACAAAUGGUCGUUUCUGCUAUUUGGGAAAGUAUUUAUGCAGCAUUACAAGCAGCUGCCAUAAAUAAUUGCAAUAGCAAGGCUAGUCACAUCUUCAAGACAUACCUCUCAGCUUGUCCCUUCGUGAUAUUGUACAAACGACCCAUCCCUCCUUUCUGCAGAUUCCCUCCUAGAAAACUUUUCCUACUGUAACUGUAAUGAAUUUAACUCUGAGCUAAGAUCCAGACUAAAAUUGUGUAUUACUUAACAGUUUCUGCUGGGCCUUCUGCUAUUUUAAUACUCCUUAGCCCAUAAUUACUGGGUGUCUCUGUUCUGAAGAACUAAGUGCUAAAGAAUAAUCUUUGGGGUAAGCUUAUACACGUGUUAGCGGUUAACCCCGGAGUAUUUAACUUGUAUACAGUACUUGAUAGGUGUUUUAUGACAUUUGUACUCGAACUAUGAGCCUUACUGAACAUCUGUAGGUUUAUUCAUGACUUUUAAAAAUGGAUAACUCUAAGAAAGAUGUUUACAUGAAUGAUGAUUGCCCUUCCUUUGAUGUUAUGAAUGAGGUUUUUAUAGUGUGUUUGGGCGUAUGUGCAAGGAAGCAAGAAAAGUGUUUCUGGGGAAAAACAGACUUGACAAACAUUUGUAAUAAGUGAAUUUUAAAGAUUGCUUUAAUUGCGCUAUGAAGGCAAUGCAGAUAUUAAAAUAUUCAACAAAGAA